AUGGAGGACAAAGCUAAGACAAGCCCUUCCGAGUCUCAACCAGCAAACGUCAAUGGAAUCAAGAUGCAGUCUUUAGGUCUACAUUUGGAACUUUUGAAUUUUCUCCGUUUGUGGCUGUAUAGAAUCUUAUUGUACGGAAAAUAUUAUGGCGCACAAGGACGAGGUAGUCGAGGUGGUGAUGGAGGAACCGUUGUAGGAGGUCUCACGGAGAUAGGAGGAGGCUUGUUAAAGAUUGAUGGAAACGGAAACGGAAACGGAAACGGAAACGGAGGCUUGAUGAUUGGAGGCUUGAUGAUUGGUGGAAGGGGAAAUAUUGGAGGCUUGAUGAUUGGUGGAAAUGGAAACGGAAAUGGAGGCUUGAUGAUUGGAGGCUUGAUGAUUGGUGGAAAUGGAAAUGGAACAGGUGGUCUAGAGGGACUAGGAGAAGGAGUUCGAGGAAUUGGUGAAGGAGAUGUAGAAGGGGAUGGUACUGGUGAAAGUGGUGAAGAGGGAGUAGGGGAUGGAGUAAGAGGAGAUUUAGGAGUAGAAGGAGAUGGUACUGGUGAAAAUGGUGAAGAGGGAGUAGGGGAUGGAGGAAGAGGAGAUUUAGAAGUAGAAGGGGACGGUACUGGUGAAAAUGGUGAAGAGGGAGUGGGGGAUGGAGUAAGAGCAGAUUUAGGAGUAGAAGGAGAUGGUACUGGUGAAAGUGGCGAAGAGGGCGUCGAAUAUGGAGGAAGAGGGGAUUUAGGAGUAGAAGAGGGAGUAGGGGAUGGAGGAAGAGGAGAUUUAGGAGUAGAAGGGGAUGGUACUGGUGAAAAUGGUGAAGAAGGAGUGGGGGAUGGAGUAAGAGGGGAUUUAGGAGUAGAAGGGGAUGGUACUGGUGAAAAUGGGGAAGAGGGAGUGGGGGAUGGAGUAAGAGGCGAUUUAGGAAUAGAAGGAGAUGGUACUGGUGAAAAUGGCGAAGAGGGAGUAGGGGAUGGAGGAAGAGGAGAUUUAGGAGUAGAAGGGGAUGGUACUGGUGAAAAUGGUGAAGAGGGAGUGGGGGAUGGAGGAAGAGGAGAUUUAGGAGUAGAAGGGGAUGGUAUUGGUGAAAAUGGUGAAGAGGGAGUGGGGGAUGGAGUAAGAGGAGAUUUAGGAGUAGAAGGAGAUGGUACUGGUGAAAGUGGCGACGAGGGCGUCGGAGAUGGAGGAAGAGGGGAUUUAGGAGUAGAAGGUGAUGGUACUAGUGAAAAUGGUGAAGAGGGAGUGGGGGAUGGAGUAAGAGGAGAUUUAGGAGUAGAAGGGGAUGGUACUGAUGAAAAUGGUGAAGAGGGAGUGGGGGAUAGAGUAAGAGGGGAUUUAGGAGUAGAAGGGGAUGGUACUGGUGAAAAUGGGGAAGAGGGAGUGGGGGAUGGAGUAAGAGGAGAUUUAGGAGUAGAAGGGGAUGGUACUGGUGAAAAUGGCGAAGAUGGAGUGGGGGAUGGAGGAAGAGGAGAUUUAGGAGUAGAAGGGGAUGGUACUAAUGAAAAUGGUGAAGAGGGAGUAGGGGAGAGAGGAAGAGGAGAUUUAGGUGUAGAAGGGGAUGGUACUGGUGAAAAUGGAGUGGGGGAUGGAGUAAGAGGAGAUUUAAGAGUUGAAGGAGAUGGUAUUGGUGAAAGUGGCGAAGAGGGCGUCGGAGUUGGAGGAAUAGGGGAUUUAGGAGUAGAAGGAGACGGUACUGGUGAAAGUGAAGUCGGAGAUGGUAUUGGCGAAACUGGCGAAGAGGGCAUCAGAGACGGAGCAAUAGGCGAUUUAGGAGCCGAAGGAGAUGGUACUGGUGGAAAUGGUGAAGUGGGUGAUGGGGAUGGAGGAACAGAUGAUUUAGGAGUAGAAGUAGAUGGUACCGGUGAAAUUGGUUGAUUUACUGGUGUUAAAAGUGGUGAUGG